AUGUCUGCCAUUCGCUCCCUUCGUCAGCUUUCCCUCUCUUCUUCUCGCGUCAUUUCUGCACGUUCCGUAUCGUGUGUUGCACGUGCACGCUUUGCUCUCCCUGUCAGGCAGGUAUGGUCGUCGCGAGCUUUUUCUGUCUCUGCACGGACUUGGGGACAGGGAACUACUGAUGUCGCUUUGUCAACGAAGCUUGAGGAGGAACUGAGCUACGAGCUGGAGGACGGCGCUUCCAAGGCGGUUCCAGAAUUCUUGGCCAAGUUUAAGAAGGCUGGCGUUUGGACCAUUGAGGAUCGCAAAUCUAGCGAAGAAGUCGUCCUUUCACGAAAAUUUGGCAACGAAGAGAUUCAUUUGACCUUUGCCAUCUCCGAUCUCAGGAAUCCGGAAGAGCCCUACGAGGAGGAGGACCUUGAUGACGAGGCGGAGGAGAACGAAGAUUCAGAAACCAUUGUUUCGUAUCCCAUGCACGUCGCCUUGACCAUUUCCAAGGGACCUAAUCAUGGUGCUUUGGCCCUAGACAUGGUUUGCCAGGACGGCCAAUUCGUUGUUGAUAACGCCGCUUUCUACGAAGAUGCUGCUGUUGGUACAAGCCUUAGCGCUGAGGCCGACUGGAAGCGUCGGGGACUGUACUUGGGACCUCAGUUUGAUAACCUUGAUAUUGCUCUCCAGGAAGAAUUUGAACGGUAUCUCCAAGAGCGCGGUAUUGAUGAGAACCUUGCGGCGUUCAUCCCUGAAUACGCCGAACACAAGGAGCAGGAGGAAUACACGCACUGGUUGAAGGCUGUGAAGACCUUUGUUGACUUGUAA